AUGGAGUCGAACCGGAAGAGAAGAGGUUUCAUCAAAGCAAAGAUUUUCCAUCAAACAAAGAAGAAGACUCCGCCGCCAGAACAAGUUUAUCCUCAGCAGAUGCAUCGAAUUAAGCAGAAGGAUCAGCCCUUGGCCACCUCUGUGGGUUUCAUCGUCAACCAAGAACAAGUAUUUCCGCAACAGAUUCAUCAAACAAAGCAGGCUGCAGGCCUCAUCGUGAACCAAGAGCAAGUUUUUCCUCAACAGGUGCAGAAAGUUCCGAUUGUUGUGCAAGAAAAAGGUCAGGAUUCGUAUGGAAAGUUGGAUAAUUUCUAUAGCAUGGCUGGAGACGAAUGCAUCGAUGCAAAGGCUGCAAGCUAUAUUUCGAGUGUUCAAGAGAGAUUUAGGCUUGAACAUGUCAAUUCUGAACGUGAAAUGUUUAUAGACAUAUAUACGAGUAAAGACAUGUAG